AUGUCUCACGUCUCUACAUCUAUAUCAGCACUCACCUCUCUUGAAUUUGACUCAUAUCCUCUCGGCGCUAUUAAGGCCAAUGGGUGGUUCCAAGAUCAGCUCCGACUUAGUGCAAAAGGUCUUGGAGGCAACUUGUUCUACUUCUAUCGUUUCGUCAAAGAAAGCACUUGGCUUGGGGGUACAUGGGAGUACACCCCCUUGGACGAGGCAGCUCCGUACUGGUAUAACUACAUUGUUCCCUUGGCAUACACGCUUGACGAGGCAUCAGAUCCGGAUUUGUACAUCGAAAUCAAGAAACAGGCGGAUUAUUUUCUUGAUUACACGUUAUCUCACCAAGCUACGGAUGGCUGGCUUGGACCAGAGACAACGCCCCAUACUCGUGGUAUCUGGGCGCGCUGUCUUUUGCUGCAAGGCCUCAUGAAUCAUGCCAUUGCGGACUCCUCAAAACGGCAGACCAUCAUGAACGCGAUCUUCCGUUUUGUUAGACUAGUGCACGCCAUGCUCAAGGAUAACUAUGCGGGGUAUAUCCCACAGAAGGACGAUGUUUUCGACUUACAGCUCUUUGGUGUUGCCCGCGCCCAUGAGCUAGCACUAACUCUUCAAUGGCUCUACGACCAAACACAUGAUACUCAAGAUCGCAGAAUCAUUUGGGAGGUCAUGGAGAUGAUGUGGCAAGGAUCUCGAAUAAUGGAAAGAGAUUGGACCAUCUUCUUCGGGAAAGACUUUCCACAAGAGCCAUCUGUCAGAUAUAUGUCUCUCAAUUUCAAGCACGGUGUCAAUGUUGCGCAAGGACUCCGUUAUCCAGCUCAUCUAUAUCGAAUGCACCCAUCUCCUGAGCUGGCGAACUUAUCCAGAGAUGCUGUGCGCAAGACCUUCAAAUAUCAUGGAACUCCCGCCGGAUCAGUCAGUAGCGAUGAGUACAUCGGUGGCCUCUCUCCUCAACGGGGCUCUGAGCUUUGUUGCUCCGUCGAGCUUAUGUUCUCAUUGUCAUACCUUUACCAACUCUUUGGGGACAAUGACUUGGCCGACCGGGUGGAAUUAGCAGCGUUCAACGCCAUUCCAGCUGGAAUUAGUGCGGAUUGGUGGAGCCAUCAAUACAUCACUCAGGUUAACCAGCCGUGGGCCUGUGAAUUGGAACUUGCCAAAGACGAGAAGACGCCAUUUUACGAUGUCUGUCGAUACGCCAAUGUCUUUGGACUAGAGCCAGAAUUUCCUUGCUGUACUGUCAAUCAUCCUACCGCAUACCCCAAGAUGUUGAUGAACGCCUUUCUCCGAGGUCAGACAAGCCAUGGCGAGCCUUCAGUGGUCCAUGCCCAUCUCAUUCCUUCUCGACUGGACAUCGACGGAAUAAGCAUCAAUUGCGAAUCAAACUACCCUUUUGUUCCCUGCGCAUUGCGUUAUUCUAUCCAUGCGCAAGAGUCCUUCGAGUUCCUGAUCCGAGUUCCACAUUGGUCAUCGAGCUCCUCCACAAUAGAGCUAUGUGGAAACGAAUCAGAGUCUCGACGAGAAACGCAACCUUUCGGCUCGACUGCUGGAAACGGAGAUUCAGAAUUCUUUCACCGUGUACAGAUUCCUUCUGGAGGAAAAUUUGUCAUUUUCGUCACGCUGAACGCGGAUGUGAGGGUCAAGGAACACGACGACAAGUCUGUCAGCGUUUACUAUGGCCCCUUGCUCUAUGCUUACGAAGUCGGCCACAAGACGAUCACGAGACUUCCACGCAACUACAAAGACCAAAGCUCCGAUUGUACAGAACUUGCAAAUGUCAGCGAUCAAGACGAUGAGCCGUGGAGGAAAGCGUGCCGUGAUCACGACUACCUCCCGAAUUCUCGUUGGAACAUUGGAGUUGACCCUAGAAAGGGCGUCAAAGUGAUCGUUGAAAGAGACCCUUGGGUGGAAGGAGUUGAGAGGCAGGUGGCUGCUCUUCCGAACCCGAUUUGGGCUUCAGGCACUUCGCCCGUAUAUCUCGAGGUUGAGGCUGCUUGGGUAGAUUGGCCUGUUCAGAACGGAACAGCAGCAGACCCCAGUGCAGUCGAUACAGCUGUGCACGGGGAGACAUUUGUGGCCCGCUUGGUUCCAUACGGCACCGCAAAGCUGCACAUAGCACAAUUCCCUGUACUGAGAACCGAGAAGAUUUGA